AUGUCUAAGAAAAGGAGUGCUACAACCGAGUUAAAUAGUGACAAUUGGGACGUUGAUGAUGAACCAGAAGAGGCAGGGACUUUCAAAGCUGUAGAUCCUGAUGUUUUGAAGAAAAGAGUCAUAAAAGUUGCCAGGAGGAAAUUUUCUAAAGCCAAUCCAGAGCAGUCAAAAUUAUUCUCAGGGUUCAGUGGUUUCACUAAGCCAAACACUGCUUCAGAUACACCUGAUGUGAAAAACACCUUCAGUUUUUUGGCAAACUUGAAUGGAUCGAGUCAAACCUCUAGUCCCUCAGUUUCUUCAACUAUGCCAUCACUUCUGUCAUCAUCUACAUUGACAGAGAGUAAACCUGCUUAUUCUAAACCAUCUAAUGAAAACCUUCAUGCAACCAAGAUUAAAGUUCUGAAUGAGUGCUUAGUGGAAUGGAUUUCAAAAUGGGUUUCGAAAAACCCAACAUGUGUUUUAACUCCAGUAUUUCGUGAUUAUGAGAAACAUUUGGAAUCUAUUAAAUCAAGUAUAGACAAUAAAAAAGAAGAAUCUGAACAAACUGAAAAUGUUCCUGAAUUAAAAUUUAAUUUCAGUCCAGUAUUUGGAAAUAACCAAAAGUCUCCUACUGAUUCAAAACCUUCUGAAUCUAAAUCAGAUUCUUUUAAGAUGCCAGAAUCAUCUCCUUCAGCCUUGAAAAAUACUGGUGGUUGGUUAAAGACAGGAAUUGGAUCACUUGGUGAAAAUAGUUUUAAUUCUAAGACUACACCAUUGUUUGGUUUCUCUAGUGGCAAACCAUCAUUUUUACAAAAUAUUGGAAAUCCUGGAAGUAGCGAAAGUUCAUCUGCCAACCAAGAAGAUGAAGGUGAUGAUGAGGCUCCUAUCGUCAAUGAUUUUAAGCCUGUAACAGAAGAAAAUGCUCUUUAUUCACAAAGAGUCAAAGUUUUCGUUAAAAACAAUGAAUCUUAUUCAGAUCGAGGUGUUGGAAAUCUGUUCAUUAAAGAAACUAAAAAUGACAAAGGAGAUAAUAUUUAUCAAGCGAUUGUUCGUGCUGAUACUGCCUUAGGAAAUAUAAUAUUCAAUAUUCGUAUUACAAAAGAUAUACCGACCAAACGAGUUGGAAAAAAUAAUGUCAUGCUUGUCUGUGUACCCACACCAGAUUCCAAACCGCCUCCAGUAGCUGUGCUAUUGCGAGUGAAGACAGAAGAUGAUGCAGAUAAACUUCUUGCUGAGAUUAAUAAAUAUAAAUAA